AACCGACCGGUCCGGAUCUAUGCUGAUGGUGUCUACGAUCUGUUCCACUACGCCCACGCGCUCCAGCUGCGGCAAGCGAAGCUGGCGUUCCCGCACGUGCACCUGAUCGUGGGCGUGUGCUCAUCUGCGAACUGCGCGCAGCACAAGAACGAGCCGAUGCUGACGUCUGCGGAGCGCUACGAGGCAGUGCGCAAUUGCCGCUGGGUGGACGAGGUGCUGGAGGACGCGCCGUGGGUGAUUGACCAGGCGCUGAUUGACAAGCUGAAGGUGGACUAUGUUGCGCACGACGAGGACCCCUACGCCGGCUCCGCGGCCGCAGGCGGCGGCGGCGGCGCUAGCAAGGACAUCUACGCGUUCGUCAAGGAACAGGGCAAGUUCUUGCCAACGCGGCGCACGCCAGGCGUCUCGACAAGCGACCUGCUCGCAAGGAUCGUCGACAUUUAUCGCCAUCAUGGACUCGAUCAGAAGCUGGAGAAGAUUGGCAAGGCGGCCCUGGCGUUCGAAUGA